GAGAGACAGUGGAGCACAAAGGCUCCGGAGUUGACUGGCUGCGUUCCGCACUGCCACCCUUCUCCAGUCACUGUUUCUGUCUCUCACCUGUGGUGCUGGAUUUGUCUCUUUUUUCAGAUGCAAGACAACAAGACAUUCCUGUCCAUGAUCAACAAUGUGCUUCAUACGGACGGCUUCUACUUUGCAACAAACUACGACCUGACCCACUCUCUGCAGCGCCUGGCCAACACCAGCCCCGAGUUUCAGGAGAUGAGCCUUCUGGAGAGGGCAGAUCAGCGCUUCGUCUGGAAUGGCCACCUGUUGAGGGAAUUCAUUGCACAGCCAGAGUUACACAAGUUUGUGUAUCCUGUUGUCCAUGGCUUCAUCAUCAUGAAGUCCAGCUGCAUCAAUGGUAAGGUGUGUGAGUGGACUAUUAUCUCCAGGAGGAGCUGUUUCAGAGCUGGUGUCCGUUACUACGUCCGAGGCAUAGAUUCAGAAGGCCAUCCUGCUAACUACGUGGAAACGGAGCAGAUCGUACAGUACAACAGUGCCAAGGCGUCAUUUGUUCAGACAAGAGGCUCCAUUCCCUUCUACUGGUCCCAAAGGCCCAAUCUCAAGUACAAGCCAAAACCACAGAUCAGCAAAACAGUGAACCACAUGGAUGGAUUCCAGAGACACUUUGACUCACAGAUUAUUCUCUAUGGAAGACAAGUCAUUUUGAACUUGAUCAAUCAAAAGGGCUCAGAGAAACCACUGGAACUGGCAUUUGGCAAGAUGGUGACCAACUUGGGUAAUGGCAUGAUCAAGUACAUAGCCUUUGACUUCCACAAGGAGUGCAGUCGUAUGAGGUGGCACCGCCUGCAGAUCUUAGUGGACAUGGUUGCUGAAAUGCAGGAUGAAUUUGGAUAUUUCCUGGUGGAUGCAGAUGGGAAGGUGCUGUUGAAUCAGGAGGGGACUUUUCGGAGCAACUGCAUGGACUGUCUGGACCGUACCAAUGUCGUCCAGAGCCUGCUGGCUGAACGCUCGCUGCAGUCACAGCUACGGGUAGGACCCUAUAAUCAUAUGGUGGACAUAACAUUUAAAACAACUGAAGACAGAAAACAGUGGCUGUGCCCAGCUUGUGCCUGGUACAAUGGAUAUGUGGUGACAAAACAACUAUUUAAUGAACAGUUUAAAGAAAAAGUCUUCACACGUCGGCUGUCUUUCUUGAGUUUUAAUAAGCAUUCAUGAAUGGAGACACUCACACAUACAACCACAUAAACAGUCAGUCAGUGAACGAGUGCCUAGCAAGUCCUCUCGCCCUGCUAUCUUUAUAGUUCCCAUAACACAUGCACAUCAACAGUCAAAAUAUGUGGCGCCUUGACAUUCUUAAAUCACAACAUCUCUUGAGACUAACAAGGACACUUGGUGUCGUCCCUGGCUCAUAAUCUUGGUGUCUGAGCCUCCCUGGCUCGUGACCUUGGUGUCUCUCACUGCUGUCACAGUAGGGGUUAAAUGAGCAACACACAUCAUUAGGUGAGAAGUUCAGUCUCAUCAAAACAAGAAACCUUAGGACAUGGGUACACAACAUAUGCAGAACACAUUAUAGGUUAAACAUGGUUAAACACAGAAUUUUCCAUCACAGAUACCAGUGGGGACAUUUUAUAAAAUGAAGUGUAAAAAGCAUAGAAACCAUUUCUCUCUCCACUCCAUAUUUGCUCAUAACUCCUACAUAAUAGGGCUGGGAUGAUAUGCUUUUGUCCCGAUUCGAUUCUAUCACGAUUCUUGGGUCCCGAUUCGAUUUAUAUUGCAAUUCUGAAUAAUUGCGAUU